AUGUCAAUCGGCAGUGGCCCCCAGGCGUGGAAGACAGAGGACGUCAAGCGCGACAACUCAUGGAUCCUGCGCUUAACACCUGAGGAAAUCGAGGGCUUCCGUAUGGCCCUGGCCUACGCCAAAGCACACCCAAAAGAGCUUCUCGACAUGACCCAAGCAGACUAUCCACUGCCAGAGGCCUCCAAAAAAGCCCUUGAGCGCGCCAUCGCCACCACACAAGGCUGCUGGGGCAUGUGUCUGGCCGACAUGCGCGUUGCCUACUGGGGCAUGGGCCUGUACAUGGGCGCUUGCUGGACACAAAACCGCGCUAGCGAGGUUAUUAACGAUGUACGCGAUGCAGGCGGCAGCUACAAGGUCAAGGGCGGCCGCAGCUACAACACGAACGCCGGGCUCGACUUCCACCAAGACUCCGCCGACGUUGUGGCCCUUCUGUGCCGUCACACGGCCAAAUCCGGAGGCACGUCGAAGGUCAUGAGCAGCAUUGCACUUUACGAUCACGUCACCGAGCUCCGCCCCGAUCUCCUCCCCGUGCUUGAAUCCAACACCUGGUUCCACAGCUACCAGAACACGCAAGACCCCACGCAACCACCCUACUACCGCUGCCCGCUGAUGGGCAAGAGCGGUGGCUACUUCUGCGCUCACACCAACCGCAAGAACACCAUUGCUGCACAGCAGGACUUCCCUGAGGUGCCGCGGCUGACGGCCCAGCAGGAGGAGGCGCUUGACCUGCUGGAUGAGAUCAUGCCGAGUGACGAGUACUACUACUCGAUGGAGUUGGAGCGCGGAGAUAUGCAGCUGUCGAACAGCUUCGUGACGUUGCAUUCGCGCACGCUGUUUGAGGACUUUGACGUGCCGGAUGAGAAGCGUCAUCUCAUGCGUUUGUGGCUUUCUAUUCCGCCUUUGCGGGACCAUGGUGAUGGUUGGGUACGCGCUGGAGAAGAAAAGAAAGAGAUGAAUUGCGGUUGUGGUGGGCGGGCACACCUAGGCAGAGGGCCCAUCACGGGUUAA